AUGUCGGCCAAUGUAGCCCUUUCCUCCAGGCAUCGAACUGACAUGGCUACUCUGUUUGAUGUUUUUUGUGAGGUUGGGGCUGGCGGUCAAGACGGCCUCCCAGUGAUACUAACAAAAUAUCCGGAAGAUUAUAACGAUGAACACGCGCUAAAAAGUGUUCGGCAAUUCAGCUUCCCAUGUGGUCUGAAAGAAGCUGAUUCCGACGCGGUCCAGCUGUUCUCCUUUGUUCUAACCGAUUCGCAAUCUCAAUAUACAUUUGGUUAUUGUCGAUUUACUCCUAGGAACAAUACAUGUAUCUGCAUAUUGAGCGGUUUUUCCUGGCCUGGUGUGUUUUACAAAAUUUUGAACCACGUUUCAAUUAUAAUGAAUAACGGCACGCAAGACGAUCUGGACGCUAUACUCACACGGAUAUAUCAUACGGAUAUCCCUAAUAUCGGCGAUACGCUCCAGUUCGAAUGUCACAAUGGAAUGCAUGUAAGUCCAAUUACAAAAUUCCAGUGA